AUGGACGAGAACUCAAAUAUAACCUCCCGAAACCGUCACCGUCUUCACAACCCCAACAAGAAUAGCACCAGCAACACCCUCGCUUUAAAACGUAAGACUGCACCUUCUCCUAUUAGUAUUCCCAGUAAUGACAAAGAACUUGGACACGAGGUGGAACAAGAGGAUAUGGUGGUGCUUCAAAAAAUGAAAGAGGCUUUGAAUGUUGCACUGCUUAAGGACCAGAAUGACGCGUCUUCGUUGUCGAAUAACUCGAAAAAUAUAGAUAAUACCUUGAACGUCGUCAAUAACCGAAAAAUCUCAAAAAACAAUAAUGCGCUUGUGCAAAUGUCAUCUUCUUCUAACACUGUGAACAAUAAUCCCGGCAAUCAGCAACAUAUGUCAUGUCCAAACAUGUCUGACCAUCUAGAACGACAACAGCAUGACAAUGAAAAUCCCGUGAUCGUGAACAACAAUCCCUCAAUCAAUAAUUUAUCGGAUAAUUUACCACCACAAUCACCACAACGAAUACAAAAUCAAGAUCCUCCCCAAUAUCCACAACCAAAUGAUCCCGCCAAUGGAUUAAUAAUAAAUCAUUAUUAUAAGUUUCCCGGUAAAGAAAAUAUACCGCCCGCAUUACUCGAGGAAUAUUAUUCUAUUUUCCAGGAAUUGCAUGAACAAGAACGAGUAAUCCGUGAGUCAGAUCAAAUUAGUAUUGACACGCAAAGACAAGGCUCCGAUAAUGCUUCUAUAAAUGCUUCAUCAUCCAAUAAUAGAAAGAAAGUGGCGACUUCAAAAAGAUCAACCAAAUCAAAGAAGAAAAGAUCUACUAAAACUAAUAAAAAUAAAGCUGAUGUCGAUAAUGAAAAUCAAGACCCAACCAAAAAUAAUCGUAGCAAUAGAUAA